AUGAAACAUGCGUCGGACCUAGAAAGUGAGAACAACAACACGAUGUGGGUGGUCCCGUACACUAUGUACCCGAAAAACGUUUGCCCAACUACGUGCGCUGUAUGUGGAGAUUCAGCUUCUGGAUAUCACUAUGAGGUUCCUUCGUGCAAUGGCUGCAAAACGUUUUUUCGGCGAACUGUGCUAUCUCAACGUAAAUACGAGUGCAAAAAAGGAGGGCGAUGCUUUGCUUCGCUACCCAAGGGUUAG